UGGGGAGCCGUGGAGUGCGCUCAGCAUGUUUCGAGUUGUACCAUCAGACGUCUGACAUGUUACUGUCUGUUGCAAGAUGGGGAAAGCGGUGCUGAACGAGCGUCGGAGUUGGUCAGCCCGGCUCAACAGCAACACAGCUGAAGAAAUGUGGUGAGAGCAGAUAUAUAGCCAGGCGGCCGACGAGGUUUCUGGAGUACCAAGUCAACACCCGACUCCCUCAAGUCAGCAAGUACAAUACACACAUUUUACUUCUUGCUUUGCUCCAAACGUAUCCUCUUCAAAAUGCCUACCACCAACGUCAGCACCCCCCUGCCCGACAGCCUCACCGAGGCCCAGGUCCUCAAGGCGCUGCACAACCACGAACUCAUGAUCCAGACGCUCUGUCCGGCACUCGUGUCGUACGAGAUUGAAUCGGGAGACGCGUCCAGCACGGCCGUGUACAAGGUUACGGACAAGAAGCCUAUCGGACAGACGACCUACCUCUUGACGCUCACCAACGUGGAGAACGGCGUCGACAGCCUGGUCAAUGCCAGCUCGCCGGUCGGCAAGCUGACCAUCGCCGGGCAGUGGCGCAUCGAGGGCGGCAGGCUGACCGAGGACGUUGAGAUUGACGGCAACAUGGUUACCAAGAAGAUGGCCAAGGGAAACGUGGAGAAGACGCACCCGGAGCAGCAGGCCAAGCUUCUGGAGGAGGCGGGCAAGGCAUGAGGAAGUGUGGAGGCGGGUUAGUGCACUCGAUAGUGUAGCGGGAAUGAUGAAUGACAAGCCGGUGUGCGUCAUCGCCUGACUCGCAUAUCUACCUAAAGGUUCUAUGGUCGCGCGCCUUCCCGCACUCGACAUCCCAGCAUCCCAGGAAAGUUGUCUGUCUACCUAUUUCUGCCACAGUCGCAUGACUCACCCCCC